AUGCAUCAGGGCGUCGAUUCUAAAGAGCGCGAUUUGACCCAAAUCUCAUCGGUUGAGUUAGACCAUGAUCAAUAUCCCGAAGGUGGGUUGAAGGCGUGGUCCGUCGUUCUUGGGGCUUGGUGUGCCAUGAUUCCCUCUAUGGGACUUUUAAAUAGCCUGGGAGCUCUGCAACCUUGGACAAGCACCCACCAACUGAAGGAUUAUUCGGAGUCAAGUAUCGGCUGGAUCUAUGGAACCUACACAUUCUUCCUUUUCUUAGGAGGUGCACAAUUCGGGUGUGUUUCUAAUAUCUAUUCGCGUCCCCCAUAUUGCAAUACCUUCACCACGAAUGCCCUCACCCCUGAAGAAAUAGAAUCUGACUGUCAACAAGAAUAUUAUCAGAUAUUUUUGUCAUUCAGUGUCCUCGGAGGAAUAUCAGCUAGCACGCUUUUCACGCCUCCGUUGGCGGCUGUUGGCCAUUGGUUCAAUGUUCGACGUGGCUGGGCAACCGGAGUGGCCUGCACAGCAGGAGGCGCUGGGGGUUGUAUAUUUCCCUUGAUAAUUCUUUUUGUGGCGCCUCGCAUCGGGUUUCCGUGGGCAAUUCGAAUUAUCGCUCUCGUGUGUGCAUUGCUGUGCUCAAUUGCAUGCCUCACGCUCCGGACCAGACUUCCUCCCAAGAAAGCCAUUGCAUCCCUCGACUUUAAGGCCCUCAAAGAUAUCAAAUACGGAUCUGCGACGCUGGCUGUCUUCUUUGCUGAAUUUGCCGCUUUCGUCCCAAUCACAUACGUCACCUCCUAUACACUUCAUGCCGGCUUCGAUGAACAGUUGUCAUAUGCGAUUCUUGUCUUCCUUAAUCUUGGUGCUGUAUUCGGGCGCUUCCUACCAGGGCUGGUGGCUGACCGUAUGGGUCGGUUCAACGUCAUGAUCGUGAAUUGUUGUAUGUGUUCCCUAUUCACCCUCAUCCUUUGGCUUUGCGGUGAUCUAGUCGAGCCCAACAACUUGGGGAUUGUCAUUAGUUACGCUGUGCUGUUCGGCUUCUGGAGUGGUUCGGCUAUCAGUAUUGCACCUGUUUGCAUUUCUCAGGUCUGCGAAAUUCAAGAUUAUGGAAAGAGAGUUGGAACUACAUGGACGCUGGUCUCCUUUGGCACCCUCAUCGCUCUCCCUAUUGCAGGCGCUAUUCAGCAGCACAACAAUGGGGAGUUCUAUGGGCUAAUUAUUUUUGGAGGUGUUCUCUAUAUUACGGCCACAAUCGCUUUCGUCGUGUCUCGUGGCAUUUGCAAAGGAUGGGCUUGGGGAACCAAAUUUUAG